AUGGAUCUUGUAUCUUUUUACCUCGGUGCUUUUGUAGGCAUCUUCCCCUUUACCCUAGCAAAGGUCAUCCAUCAGACAGUACGCAUCGUCGCCCGCUCAAGAGCCUUCCGCAAUGCUUACCUCUAUAUGAUAUGGACGAUGGUUAUUGUUUGUCCAGUAUUUGCUGUCAUUGACUUUCUUUACCUUAUAGAGAUUAUCCCUCCAAGUUUGGGCUUCUAUGUAACUACUGUCCUGCUAUGGAUAAUCCAGACGCAGAUUCUACCCCAGAUUAUCAUUAAUCGCAUUGGCCUCAUUAUGUCCAACCGACGUCGUGUCUUCCACCUCAAGCUCGGAUUCGCCGCCGCCAUAGGCGUCAUCAAUACUAUUGUGGGAGUCACCUGGUUGCGAGGCUGCACACCUGGAGCAUCCGCCGCUGCCGUGGAACUCAUUUAUAUUAUUGAGUAUGUGGAUAAGGGGUUUUUUCUCCUGAUUGAUUUGGGGCUCAAUGCCUUUUUUCUAUAUCUGGUCCACUCUCGUCUUAUUGCUGAGGGACUAUCAAAGUACCAGCCGCUUUUCAAGUUCAAUACUUGUUUAGCGAUAGCUUCUUCGGCCAUGGAUGCAUGUUUGCUAGGCAUGUUGCGGCUUCCCAAGAUGUACCAAUUUGUUCAAUUUGUCCCAAUUGCUUAUAUUGUUAAGCUAUAUAUCGAAAUGACCAACGCUGCUCUCAUCGCCAAAAUCGUUCGCAGCUCCUCUGGCAAUACUGUGCCCGGUUAUGCCGCUAAAUAUCAGACCAACAACCAGACUAAUCAUCUUGAGUCCAGGUUCGAUGAGAACCCCGAACUCAGCGUAAAGGACACUGAAAAUGUCCCGAUUGGUAAUGCGGUCAAGUGCACUCACAGCAGUUCAAGUGAGUCUGGUAGUAUUCAGCUAUCCCCAACUAAUGUUACUGUUACGACCGCGACAACCGUGGUAUCUGAGAGUCUGAGAGCGCCGUAG